AAUGGCAGCCCGCUGAUCCGCACAGCCACACAAACGCCAUCUUUAGCUGAAGUACCACUGAGGCAGAGUUGUGCACUAGAACUAGGUCAGCCGUCUGGGAAACCCAAACACUCGCGGAAAUUUCACUUUGAAAGCUUCCAGCCAGUGAUUGCUAACACCCGGUCCCACCGUGCUGUCGUAUGGUCCAAUGUGCUUGAUCGGUCGGCCAGCUCCAACGCAGUUUUCUUCUUGUGUCGGUCCCGGUUGACGUAGAGCGUUAGCCUCUGGAUAAACAGCCAACAGAGGAGCUGAAAACCAGGAUGAAGCGAGGUUUCCAAGAGAACGAACGGGAGGAUGGAGGAGGCCCCAGCAGUGGGAGUGGGAAGACCCUGAAAUGGUCCCAUAAGCAGAGGAGAGAGAAUGAAGUGGUAGAAGAGGGACCCAGCUGGGAGUGUUUGCCACAGGAGAUCCUAUUUCACAUUUUCCAGUACCUACCUCUGCUGGACAGGGCCUAUGCCUCUCAGGUGUGUCGGGGAUGGAAUCAGGCCUUCCACAUGCCGGAGCUGUGGCGCUGUUUUGAGUUUGAGUUGAACCAACCAGCCAGCUCCUACCUGAAGGCCACACACCCAGACCUCAUCAAACAGAUCAUCAAGAAGCACUCCAACCACCUCCAGUAUGUCAGCUUCAAGGUGGACAGCAGCAGAGAGUCUGCCGAGGCGGCCUGUGACAUCCUCUCUCAGCUCGUGAAUUGUUCUUUGAAAACUCUUGGCCUCAUCUCUACGGCCCGGCCCAGUUUCAUGGAGAUGCCCAAGUCUCACUUCAUCUCUGCGCUGACGGUGGUUUUUGUCAACUCCAAAUCCCUGUCCUCCCUAAAGAUCGAUGACACCCCAGUGGACGACCCCUCCCUUAAAGUCCUGGUGGCCAACAACAGUGACACACUCAAACUGCUGAAGAUGAGCAGCUGUCCUCAUGUCUCACCUGCAGGCAUCAUGUGUGUGGCCGACCAGUGCCACGGCCUCAGAGAGCUGGCUCUCAACUAUCACCUGCUGAGUGAUGAGCUGCUCAUCGCUCUCUCCUCAGAGAAGCACGUUCACCUUGAGCACCUGCGCAUCGACGUGGUCAGCGAAAAUCCUGGCCAGCAGUUCCACACCAUCAAGAAGAGCAGCUGGGACGCCAUGGUACGCCACUCUCCCAAAUUCAGCCUGGUCAUGUACUUCUUCCUGUACGAGGAGGAGUUUGACAUUUUUUUCCGCGACGAAAUCCCCGUUACGCAUCUUUACUUUGGGCGCUCCGUCAGCAAAGACGUGUUGGGCCGCGUGGGGCUCACUUGUCCGCGUCUAGUCGAGCUGGUGGUCUGCGCCAACGGGCUACGGCCGCUGGAUGAAGAGUUGAUCCGCAUCGCCCAGCGCUGCACGCAGCUUUCCGCUAUUGGCCUGGGGGAGUGCGAGGUGUCCUGCAGCGCCUUCGUGGAGUUUGUUAAGAUGUGUGGAGACAGGCUGACGCAGCUGUCCAUCAUGGAGGAGGUGCUGGUUCCAGAUCACCGUUACGAGCUGGAUGAUAUCCACUGGGAGGUGUCAAAGCACCUGGGCCGGGUCUGGUUCCCAGACAUGAUGCCUACAUGGUGAAGCUCUGCUGUAGGUUUGCAGAGGUGUGUGUGUGUGUGAGUGUGUGUAUGACAGAAAUGUCAUCUGUCGUCUAUCUGAUAAAACGUAUUAGCUUAAAAUAAUGUAGCAUUUGUUAUAAAACUGUCUCACUGGUAAAUCAUGUUUGUUUUUUUUUAAACUUCAUCAAAAUCUUUUUAAACACUUAAUUUUCACCUUUUCCUCCCGAGACUGUUAUUUCUGCUGGAAAUUUAGAAGCUCGUCUGGAAAGAAUGGGGAAUAGAUGAUGAACUUUGGGAUUUACUUGACUCACCGAGUUGUACCACGUCUGUAUUUGUGACACUCAGAAAGACGGUGUAAAUGCAUUUUAGCUUUAUCAUGAUUAAAUAUAUUUUAAAGCAAUAAACUUUACAAGAAUCACGUUAAUAUCGCUACUUUUUCUAAAAUAUGAAAUCUUGUUUAAAGUGUCGUCUUAAAUUUAAAUGUUUAAUCCAGAUGUGGUGAUUAGGACGUUUUAGAAUUAUACAUGCAUUUAGUUGGAGUGAUAAGCUAAAUUUAUUCAUUUUUUUAUGGCUCCAUGUGUUGAUUAUAUUCAAACAUUUCGUUGUGUGUGUGUGUGUGUGUGUGUGUGUGUGUUAAGCGUUGUUCUAGACUGGGUGGUGUGUGUGGGACUACAAACGGGUAGAUAAUGGUGGAAUCAGUUUGGUUUCGGUCUCCUUUAUUCCAGCUUGGCACUUUUUCAAGUCUCGUUUAGAAAAGUAAAGCCGUCUCUGUUUGAUGAGUAGACGGCUAGUGCAGCUUUUCUGUCUUCUUAACCCUAAAGUACAUGUAAAUAUCUCUAAGUAAUUAACAUUUUUGUUGAAAUUACAGGCAAUUGAAACAUUGCUUGACCCACCUUUUUGUUUAAAUUGUAAAUAAUAUAUAUUUUAAGAGUUGGGAGCAAAUAUAGUUAUUUGUACAUAAUAGAUUCAUUUUCAAUGCACUUUUCUUCUAAGGAAGGGUCCGACAUUAGCGAGAAGUCGCCACUUUCUUUGGUGUUGAUCGGUUUUCUGAAAUGAUCGCGUCUAACAAAGGCUUUGGAUCAAAAUGUGUAAUUCUUUAAUUAUGUUGUAUGAUGUAAACAUGUAUGAUGUAAACAUCAUCCUGCCAUGGUAAACAUGCUCAUCAAGACAAUCGGUUAACACGAGAGCAUCAUUUACUGCAGACUGAUCUACAGACACAUGAUAGAAUUAGGUAAAAUAAUUGUCGUUUUAUUCAGUUUCCUUCUUUUUAUGCAGUUCUUUAAAAUUAUUAAAUAUAAACAAGGAGAUGUGAGUCUUUAGAUUGUAUUUGAUUCUUGCAUUAAAAACAAAGAGCCACACCACUGAGCUUCUGUUAGUUUUUAACCCUCUGGAGGCAGGUGCUGCAGAUUUGCAACGUUAAAACCUACCUACCUGGUUACUCCACAUACGUGUUUCAUGAGCCUUUUUAACUCAGAAGUAAGUUUCAGUGUAAGGUGUGUGUAUGUCCCCGUGUUGUGGUGGAUGGAAGUUGUGCGGUUCCUGUUUGUGUCGCCGAAUGUUUCCUGAAAUGUUCUGAUGUGUAAUUUGACUUUAAGGAUGUCACAAGGUGGAAUGUACGAGGAUGUUGGGCUUGUGCAAUGGGGCUGUAGUUAAUCAUCAUGAGCAGUUAAGAAUGAAUAACAUGCUCUUUAUCCCUUUUUGUAUAUUCUAAUUAUUUCUAUAUGAAGCUAAUGCAUUGCUUUAAUAUUUGCUCAUACAUAUUCAUUGAAUAUAUAUUAUUAUUAAUGGCAACAGGAUUUCGUUCAUUGCUAACACUCAUCAUUUGUAAAUGCACGCCCCCUGCUGGUUAGUUUGGAGAACUGCAUCUGCACUAAGCGCAUACAUACUGUAAUUAUAUAUUUUUAUUUUAAAAAGCUGCAUAAUGAGAUUUGUUGAGAAGUCACUUGUAUUUUUUCCCCAAAGUAAAUUAAUUUUUUAGUGAAAGCAUAUUUUGUGUGGAUUUAUUUUGGAAUGUUAACAGUUGGUGUUUGUAUUUUCAAUUUGUAAUUAAAAAUGUAAAGCCCGCUUAUUUGUGUAAAAUUACGUUUUUUAGUGGGUACAUGGGUGAUCUUGUGUAUAUAAAUAUGUGUUUAAAGUGGGUGUAGCUUUAUUCGAAUAACGUGCAUUCAAAUAAAGGUUCCUACUAGUUA